GGCACUUCCUCAGUGAACUGAUUGCUGGCUGAUUUGGUGCAAAGAUCCCAGAGAGUGAAGCAGGAAUGUACACAAAACAAGAAAGAGACUGCAGGGAAAAAGAAGCAAUGCAUAAUUUGUGUGCUACAAAUGGAAGAACAGAGCAGUGUUGUGGGGAGCACAAAAAGAGACUGGAGUUAUUUUGUAAGGAGGACGAGACCUUUAUCUGUGUCCUGUGUGUUCCCAGACAUUCCAGCCACAGUUUUCUGUUCCUGCACGAGGCAAUCAGUGUGUAUAAGGACAAGCUAAAAACAACUUUAACAUCUCUAGAAUCCAAAGUGAAACAGUUUCAGUACAUGCAAAACCAUCAUGAGAAGGGAAUUAGAGAUAUAAAAGAAGAUGUUUUUAAUUUGGAGAAAUACAUUAAACAAGAAUUUGCAGAAUUGCACCAGUUUCUCCUGGACAAGGAACAACAACUCAUCCAGCAGCUGAAGAAUGAUGAAGCAAAUACUCUAAAACGGAUGGAAGGAAAUCUCGAGUGCAUUAAACAAGAGAUCGUUACCUACCUUGUGACAGACUCUGAUGGCAACUUGGAGGACAAGAUUAAAGAAGAGGCCAGCCUGAAAAUAAUGGAAGAAAAUGUUAAAUCUGUUGAAAAUGAUGCUGUGGCCAUUAAGGGCAUUAGUCACAGCAACAUGGAGAUCAGACAACCGAAACCUGUUGGUUUGCUAACAGUACCAGAAACCUUUGAAGAUGUCACUGUUACUUUCACAGAAGAGGAGUGGAAGUUGUUAAGGGAACAAGAUAAGGAGCUGUACAGGGACGUGAUGGUACAGAACUACGAAACCUGUGUUUCUGUUGGAUACAACAUUUCUCAAAAGAAGUUAUUACAGCUGUUUAAAGAAGAUGAAGUUCCAAAGGAUAUUGUGAAGGGAAUAAAUAUCACAAAGCAGAAGGAUAAUUUUAAAGACAACUUCAACAGUAUGAAGAGUACAGACUGCAAUGUGAAUUGCAGACAACAGACAACACUUGUGAGAUCACAGUUGCAUCACCCUACAAGGAACCUCCAGCAGAGGUCUCAGCCUGGAAAGGACAUUGAUGAGGUUUAUGUCACUCAUAUACCACAGCUUCCGUCAGAGCAUCUCUACCGCCAAACCCCUGAAUGUGAUAAUGGAACACUUGUGACACAUCACCAGACAGAGCAUCUACCACCACAUACUCAGCAGGUGAAGGUGUAUGAUGAGCUUUCUCUUACUCCUACUCCAAGACUUCACUCCGGACAUGGCUGCAGCAGGAGCUUUGAACAUGACACAGUUAAGAGAUUUCACGCAAAGAAAGAAACGCACAAAUGUGCUGAAUGCAAUAUCUUCACACGUGUCAGCAGCCUGAAAAGGCAUCAAUUUCACACAGGACUGAAACCAUAUAAAUGUACUGAAUGCAGUAAGUGCUUCACACAUCUAAGCAAUCUUCAAAAUCAUUAUGUCAUUCACACAGGAGUGAAACCACAUAAAUGUACCGAAUGUGGUAUGUCUUUCACAUUGGCCUGUAGCCUGAAAAGGCAUCAAGUCAUUCACACAGGACUGAAACCAUAUAAAUGUACUGAAUGCAGUAAGUGUUUCACACGGCUUAGUAGUCUUCAGGCACACUGUUCCAUUCACACAGGCAUGAAACCACAUAAAUGUACCGAAUGUGGUAUGUCUUUCUUAUGGGCCUGUAGCCUGAAAAGGCAUCAAGUCAUUCACACAGGACUGAAACCAUAUAAAUGUACUGAAUGCAGUAAGUGUUUCAUACAUCUAAGCAAUCUUCAAAGGCAUUAUGCCAGUCACACAGGACUGAAACCAUAUAAAUGUACUGAAUGCAGUAAGUGUUUCACACAGCUUAGUAGUCUUAAGGCACAUCGUACCAUUCACACAGGCAUGAAACCACAUAAAUGUACCGAAUGUGAUAAGUCUUUCACAUGUGCCAGUGGACUGAAAAAGCAUCAAUCCAUUCAUACUGGAGCGAAACCAUAUAAAUGUUCCAAAUGCAGUAAGUCUUUCAGCAAACUCGGCAGUCUUCAACGGCAUUAUGCCAUUCACACAGAAUUGAAGCGAUAUGAAUGUACCAAAUUCGGUAUGAAGAGUACAGACUACAAUGAGAAUUGCAGUCAACAGCCAGCUCUUGUGAAAACACAGUUACAUCACCCUAGAAGGAACCUUAAGCAGAGGUCUCAGCCUGGAAAGGACAUUGACGAGGUUUAUGUCACUCGUGUACCUCAGCUUCAAUCAGAGCAUCAGUGCCACCAAACCCCUGAAUGUGACAAUGGAACACCUGUGACACAUCACCCAACAGAGAAUCUACAGCUGCGAGCUCAGACGGUGAAGGUGUAUGAUGACCUUCCUCUCUCUCCUACUCCAACACUUCACUCAGGACAUGGCUGCAGCAGGAGCUCUGAAUGUGACACAACUAAGGGAUUUCACAGAAUAAAGAAAUGCACAAAUGUGCUGAAUGCAGUAAGUCUUUCAGAUUUGCCAGUUUCCUGAAAAGUCAUCAAGCCAUUCACACAGGAUUGAAACCAUAUAAAUGUACCGAAUGCAGUAAGUGUUUCAGCUAUUCCAGCGUUCUUCGACGGCAUCUUGUCAUUCACACAGGACUGAAACCACAUAUAUGUACUGAAUGUGGUAAGUCUUUCGUAUGGGCUGAUUGCCUAAAAAGUCAUCAAGCCAUUCAUACUGGAGCAAAACCAUAUAAAUGUCCUGAAUGCAGUAAGUGUUUCAGAGAUCGCAGCAGUUUUCGACGGCAUCUUGUCACUCACACAGGACUGAAACCAUAUAAAUGUACUGAAUGCAGUAAGUGUUUCAGAGAUCGCAGCAGUUUUCGACGGCAUCUUGUCAUUCACACAGGACUGAAACCACAUAUAUGUACCGAAUGUGGUAAGUCUUUCACACAGGCCAGUAGCUUAAAAAGUCAUCAAGCCAUUCAUACUGUAGCAAAAAGAUGACAAAAGUAGCACUGAUCCGUGAAAUCACCACACCCAGUUACAGUAGUGUCCUACUUACAGA